AUGCAGGGAGGCACAUCAGGCCAUGUAUCACUAGGGUUUGCAUUCUUGAUCAUAGGAAUGUGGCACCUCUUCAACUCCAUCAAGCACCACUCUCUCCACCCAAAAACCUUCAUUUCCCUCCCAUGGUUCCCUGUCCCAAGAUUCAAAUACCUAGAGCCCAUCACCAUCAUCUUGGUCACAUCUGUCUUCAUAAUCUCGGAGCUUUUCGCCGGCGGCGGGCGCCCCGCCACAGCACCCAAUAACCUCCGCCACCUGGAGCACUCCAUCAUCGCUAUCUCCUUCUCCCUCUACGCCGUCUUUGCCGUCCUCUUCGACAGGAUUGCCGCCCCGCUGCCCGCCCAGCGGGUGCUCCUCCACCUGCUCCAGGCGGCGGCGUUCGCGCAGCAGCUCCUCAUCCUCCACCUCCACUCCACCGACCACGCCGGCGUCGAGGGGCAGUACCACUGGCUCAUGCAGAUCGUCACGCUCGUGACGCUGAUCGCCACCAUCUCCGUCGCCGGAAACCCCGCGAGCUUCCUGAGCUCGUUCGUGAGAGGGUUUUCUGUGAUUUUUCAAGGGAUUUGGCUGGUGGUCAUGGGGUUUAUGCUGUGGACGCCGGAGUGGAUGCCGGAGGGCUGCUUCUUGAAGGCGGAGGCGGUGCUGUGCCACGGCGAUCGGGCUCUGCGGCGGGCUAAGGCGUUGGUGAAUCUGCAGUUUGGAUUGUAUCUGAUAGCUUUAACGGUGUGUGCGAUGGUGUUUUACUUGGUUGUGAUAAAGUUUUACCCUCAAGAAAAAGCUGAGUAUCGCUCGUUGAUGACCAAGUUUGACGACGAAGAGGAGGGAGAUUAA